GGGAACUGGAGAAUACGGAGCGGGGGAGAGCUGGAGACAGCAGCGAAGGACAUGGCGCAGGGGAGCUGGAGGCAGCAGCAGAGCACACAGAUCGGGGAGCUGGAGGAUAUGUAAUGGGUAGCAGAGAGCUGGAGGACACGGAGUGGGGAAGCUGGAGGCAGCAGCGAAGGACACGGAGCUGGAGGCAGCAGCCGAGACUGCAGAAGAGCCAGAACACUCGGCCAGCCACCAUCUUGUCCGUUUGGCUCCUCUCCUCUACUGCCUGCUGGGAUCUCCAACCGGACCUGACCAGCUGCAGUUUCUGGACCCUGGCUCCAAGUUCUUCUUUGUGAAAGCCGGAGUGACAGAGAGAGGCGGGAGGAGAAGCAAGACAACCUCUGGGACUCAGAAAGAACAGCAGCAAUAGCUUCAGAUGAAGGCAGAAAAGGAAAUCUCAGAAGAGUCAUGAAUAUGAAUAUUGUAAGAAAACUGAGCUCAAGUGACUGUACCUUCGGAUGUGGAAAUGCUGUGGGUGCCCACCUCUAUAUCCGUAUUCACUGGAAUGGACGCCACUAUUCAAUGCAAAUUUCAGAACAAGACUAAUGAGAAAGCGACGAUUGAAUGGCUCUUGAUCCAGAGAGUGCUGAGAACCAACAAUAAAACAUACAUAGAGACAGAACAGCAAGAUUUACCAGACUACGCUCAAAUGAAAGAGCUGAAACUCAGCAAUAUACAAAAAAGUGACAGAGGACUGUAUAAAUGCAAAGUGACAGUGAAGGGUAAAACCUAUAACUCCUGUGGAACCUACCUGAGAGUAAAAGAACCUCCUUUUUUCAUCUUCUUUAAUAUUGCGGAGGCAACAAAGAACAGAGUCAUCACGGCUGAGGGAGUCAUACUGCUGCUUUGUGCUGUCAUACCUGGGACCUUCCUACUGUACAGGAAACGAUUGGAAAAUAUCAAUUCACUGUCCCUGAAGGACGCAGAAGGAGAGAAUAUAUAUGAGGGUCUAAACCUGGAGGACUGUUCAAUGUAUGAGGACAUUUCUCGCGGCCUGCAAGCCACCUAUGAGGAUGUGGGCACCAUGCGAGCACUUGCCACUGAGCUGGAAAAGCCUUGAUCGCUCCUGAUGCCAGCGUUAGAAGAAUUUGUGCCACCUGGGAGAAAAACCAUCAGAAACCGGCGCUGCAGAUGUAUUAUACCGAUGGUUUCUGUGUAUAUCAGCCUACCAGCCAGCUUGCCUCCUCUAUGACCAAAUAUGCUAAUCCCCUGCCUCGUUAUGCAUGACUGUACAUAGAUCACACAAUCCUGCACUGUGCUCUGCAGCGUCUCCUUUGCAGCAACUUGCAAUUCAGUCCGUGGUGGAUGUAGUUAUACAGGGGCUGAAUCAAGUUUCACCCAAAUCAGCUUCGGGCACGGAACUAAAUCUGGAGAUUUGCCAUAUGCAGAUCUGUGUGACCGCAGCGCCCCCAUACGCACGUUUGUAGAAACAGCUGUCACCAUUAUCAGUCACCUGUACCAGCCCAAUACCUGAUGCAGGAAAUCCAUCUGAAAUCAGUCGGAACUCUGCGUAUGCAGAACUCUAAAAAGAUGGCAGUUCCGCCGACAUGCCAAUGACAAGUCCUCCCUCGCACUGGCAUAGGUGCGAACACCUCGUUUCCACCUAGUUACUCCCAUUCAGUCGCAAGAGAUCACCCAUAAUUGCAUAUGCUGGCUACACACCCUGAACCCGUCACUAACACACUCACACAAGAUCCGCCCGGAACACAGGAUUCCGUCCAGCUGUGAUUCAGCCCCACAAUGCAGAAUUGCUAUUUUCUAUUAUUAUGUUACUAAUGCAACAUUUAAAGCCUAAGAUCAAAGUAUAUACUGUAGCUCUACUAAUAAGUCAGUGAAUAAAUAUCAGCCGCACCGUUAUGUAAUAUCUUCCUUAUCUAUGUAUUUUCUAGACUGCUUAUUUAAUGAUAUAUUGACCUAUAAAAAUUAUGUUUUAUGGUGCUGUAGUUUCUAAGCUAAACGUUGCUGGGAGCAGCUGUAAUAUCACAUAUUGUAUAUAAUGUCUAUGGCUGUAUCCUCUACACAGGCAUCACUCCUUAUAUAGGGACAACAGUGUGACAUGUUAUACCUACAAUAAACCUUCGUACAGUUUGGUAACAAUG